AUGAAAAUAAGUGAACAUACUCAAGAACUUACUAAAAAGAUGUGCAAUAACGAUAUAUGCAACAACUGUGCUAAAAAGAAAAAAAGUAAACAGCAAGAAAAUCCAGUAGUAUUAAAAAAAACAAAACAAAAAAUAAUCAAAAUUGCUUCUAAUGAUCUUGGCCUAACUACUUCAACCAGUUCUGAUAUAGUCAUUUCAAAUAACUUUAACAUCAUUAUUGACAAUUUCAGUAAUACUUUAUUUGACAACUCUGUUACUAUUGCUUCUGAUGUUUCUAAUAUCAUCACAGACAAUUUUGGCAAUAUCAUUUCUAGUAGUAGCAUUUAUAAUAAAAGCAAGCAAAACAUUCAAAGUGAUAAUAAUUCAGAGAUGAUGAUGUAUGAUCUGGAUGAAGUGCAUGAAAUCAUUGCCAAAGAGUUUGAAGAAACUAAAAUAUUCAAUGAUUCUGUAAAUUUUGCCUUUGAAGUCGAAUUAACUAGCACAACUGAUUUAAAAAUAAUUAAAAUAAGAUUUGGGAAUCUCGCAUCUUUACUUACUAUACCACUUGAAUCCAGAUCAGCUACAGCAUAUCUUGGUUGUACAAUGUGGGAUAAUCAAGCAUGGAAAAGACCAGAUAACCAGCUACUUAAAAGACAAAAUGAAGCCCAAGCUCCUAUUGAAAGAUAUGAAUAUAAUUCACUUGCAUUAGCAAUGCAGUAUCUUGAGCAACCUGAAUUUAAGAAAAGAGGAUUUAAAGUUCUUACUUACUUAGAAAAUAAUUUUGUACAGACUCUAAGAUUUUUAACUCCACUGCUUAAACAUGUAGGCACUGAAAAUGCAACUAAAAUUGUUAUAGAUUCCACAUUUAAAACAAAUCAAGAAUGUUUUGAACUAUUUGCAGUAAAUCUUAACUAUGAUAAAUAUGAUAUGCCUAUAGCAUAUCUGUAUCUUUCCAUGUUAAAUAGUAGUGAAAAAGUCUGA